UCAGCGUAAGUUUGGUCUGACCAUUAGCCUGACCUCGAGCUCUCAUGGAAUUAGCCCCUCGCAAGUUAAGCCUGUGCGGGACCAGGAGUGGACUAUACACGAUAACCUCACUCCCAGGUCUCCCUGCCCGUGGAUCCUCUCACCCACCAGCUCUGCUACCCCUCACGGGAAAGAUGGCAAAAAGAGCAGCUCCGGGCGUCGAGACACCACGUGAUGGUCCGGAUCGAGGCAGGGUCACCACUGCCAUGAGCGAGUCUUCCUCGAUCCACAGCGACAAAUUCCUCUCUUUGCCGCGCGGACCGUCAGAAGUGGACCUGGACAUGAUCAACGGUGUGUUCGAUCCCUUGGACUGCAACGAAGAGCGCCCAGAAACCAAGACUACGAUGCCGCAGAUGUCGGGCAAGGAUGAACUACCUGCGGAGAACUGCGCGGUGGAGGUGCCCGAGGACGGCGGGAGCGGCCUGUUCUUCGCGGACGGGAAGAGGAAGGUGGACUACGUCCUGGUGUUCCCCGGGCGACGGGGCACCUCCAUCCAGGAGUCCCCCGAGCAGCACCGGCUGUCCGUCAUCUCCAACGGCAGCUUCCACGCCUCCGCCGACAAGGCGGAGCCCCGGGCGGCCGACCGCGACCACGGCCACGGUCACGGUCACGGUCACGGUCACGGUCACGCCGACCCCCAGGACGGCGAGGUGAUCCUCGUCAGGGAGGAGUUCGAGUCCGGCCUGCUGGAGGCGGGGCUGGAGAUCGAGCGGGACAAAGAGAAGGGCCACGGGCUGAGCUUCGUCCGGGUGCACGCCCCCUGGCCCGUGCUCUGCAGGGAGGCCGAGUUCCUGAAGGUCAAAGUGGCCACAAAGAAGAGCUACGAGCUGAAGCAGGAGAAGGGGCUCUCGGGCACCCUGUCCGCCAUCUGGCGGACGCUCAACCUGCCGUUCCAGCCCAACGUGCCACAACCCCAGGACCAGGGCCGCAUCAAGUACCUGUCCCACUCUUUCUCCCGGGACAAGCUACACCUAUACGACAUCAAGUGCAAGGACACCUUCUUCGACAACACGACCCGCAGUCGCAUAGUGUACGAGAUCCUGAGGCGCACAGCGUGCUUGCGGACCUGCCAAACCAUGGGUAUCUCCACCUUAAUCGCCAAAGGCGUCUACACAACCGCCUUCCCUCUGCACGACGGCGACUACCACGGGAAUGGCAAGGAUGAACAGAGAAACGACAGACAGAUUCUGCACGAGGAGUGGGCUCGAUACGGGGCCUUCUACAAGUACCAGCCCGUCGACCUCAUCAGGAAGUACUUUGGGGAGAAGAUCGGCCUGUACUUCGCCUGGCUGGGCGUUUACACGCAGCUGCUCAUCCCAGCCUCGGUGGUGGGCAUCAUCGUGUUCUUUUACGGGUGCGCCACCGUGGACGCCAACGUGCCCAGCAUGGAGAUGUGCGACGAGAAGCAGAACUUCACCAUGUGCCCGCUGUGCGACGGGUCAUGCGACUACUGGCACCUCAGCACCGCCUGCAGCACCGCCCGCGCCAGCCACCUCUUCGACAACCCCGGCACCGUCUUCUUCGCCAUCUUCAUGUCCCUCUGGGCGGCCAUGUUCCAGGAACACUGGAAGCGCAGGCAGAUCAGCCUGAACUACAGCUGGGACCUGGCUGGCUUGGAAGAGGAGAAGGACCGAAUGAAGGAACACCCGAGACCAAAAUACGAAACCCUCCUCCUGCAGAAGACCAAGAAAAAGAGGAAGAAUAAAAAGGGCAAAAUCGAGUCGUACCGAGGCUCGGUGGACACGCCGGACGCCGGGAGGGAGAAGUGGAGGCAGAGGUUACUGCUGGCCAUGAACGGGAUGCUGCCGCCAGGAAAUGAGAAGCUAACAUGGAGAGACCGGUUGCCUGGGUACUUCAUCAACAUCUCCUCCAUUUUGUUAAUGUUCGCCGUGACGUUCUCGGCCGUGUUCGGCGUCAUCGUGUACCGCAUCACCCUGUCGGCCAUCAUGGCGAUGAGCCCGGACCCCGAGGUCAAGUCCAACGUGCGCGUGACGGUCACGGCCACCGCCGUCGUCAUCAACCUGGUGGUCAUCCUCAUCCUGGACGAGAUCUACGGCAGCGUGGCCGUCUGGCUGACCGAGCUCGAGAUCCCCAAAACGGAGACGGACUUCGAGGAGCGUCUGAUCCUGAAGGCCUUCCUGCUGAAGUUCAUGAAUGCGUACGCCCCCAUCUUCUACGUGGCCUUUUUCAAGGGAAGGUUCGCCGGCCGACCGGGGAACUACGUCUACGUCUUCAACCACUAUCGCAUGGAGGAGUGUGCUCCGGGAGGCUGCCUGAUAGAGCUCUGCAUUCAGCUGAGCAUCAUCAUGCUGGGGAAGCAGCUGAUUCAAAACAACAUCUUUGAGAUUGGCAUCCCGAAGCUGAAGAAGCUGUACCGGUCUCUGAAGGACAAGGGCUCGGACCCAGAGCAGGUGGACGAGCAGACCCAGCGCUGGCACCAGGACUACAGGCUGGAGCCCUUCCAGGGGCUCACCCCCGAGUACAUGGAGAUGAUUAUCCAGUUCGGGUUCGUCUCCCUCUUCGUGGCUUCCUUCCCCCUGGCUCCGCUCUUCGCCCUGCUGAACAACGUCAUCGAGAUCCGCCUCGACGCCAAGAAGUUCGUCACCGAGCUCCGGCGGCCGGACGCCGUGCGGACCAAAGACAUCGGUAUCUGGUACAACAUUCUCAGUGGGAUGGGGAAGUUCUCUGUCAUCAUAAACGCCUUCGUCAUCUCCUUCACCUCGGACUUCAUCCCGCGCCUGGUCUACCUGUACAUGUACAGCGACUCGGGCAGCAUGCACGGCUUCAUCGACCACACCCUCUCCUACUUCAACGUCAGCAACUUCAAGCCGGGCACCGCGCCCGACUUCACCCCGGCCGACCGCGAGGUGGUGUACUGCAGGUAUAAGGACUACCGGGAGCCGCCCUGGUCUCCCCAGGCCUACCAGUUCUCCAAGCAGUACUGGUCCGUCCUGGCCGCCCGCCUGGCCUUCGUCAUCGUCUUCCAGAACCUGGUGAUGUUCCUGAGCAUGCUGGUGGACUGGAUGAUCCCGGACGUGCCCAAGGACAUCAGCGAGCAGAUGAAGCGGGAGAAGACCAUGCUGGUGGACGUCUUCCUGAAGGAGGAGAAGGAGAAGAUCCAGCUGCUGCAGAACCUGUUCCUCAAGGACCCGUCGGGGCGGAGCCAGGGCCGGACCCCGCCCCCGGGCCAGCAGCUGCCGGGGCAACAGCCGGGGGGGGGCGGGGUGGUGGCGGCAGCAGCAUCAGCAGCAGCCGGCCGAGCACACGCCCCGGACCCGCGCCCGGGCGGCCAGCUUCAGCCAGUUCAGCCGGCAGCCGUCGCCCGGGAAACCGGUGAAGCACACGGACGUGUGAGCCAGGGGGGCGUGCGUCUGUGUGUGUGUGUGUGUGUGGCUGCGCGUGUGUGAGGGUGGGUGUGUCUGUGCAAGUGUGUGGGUGCGUG